AUGCAUUGUUGGUUAGUGUUGGAAAAGCAUCCUAAGUGGGAGAAUCGUGUGAUUUCGAAGGGGCCUCAGAAAAAGCAGAAGAAGACCUCGGAUGCAAGUCCAGGUACAACUUCUAAUGACGAGGACUUCGAGAGAUGCACUGAUGCUCUUGGAACAGAGACAAGACCUGAUGGUAAUAAGCUGGAGAAAACCCGUUUACAAAAAGCUAAAGCUUCUGCUUCUGAUGCUUUUAGUCCCAAGUUAUCAUUAGAAAAUGUGUGGGCAGAAAAGUUAGAGAAGGCUGAGGUCAAAGAGGCCACAAAGAAUGCUCGUUAUGAGCGAGCGUUUGAAUUGCAAGAGAAGCAGAUUGCAUUGCAGGAGAGGCAGAUGCUAAACCAAGAGAGGGAGAUGUCAUACAAGCAAUUUGAGUUAGAAGAGAAGAUCAUGUCCAUGGACACUACUGUUAUGAUUGGGGCUCAACAGGAAUACUACAUGAACAAGCAGAAUGAGAUCGCCGCUCGCCGGUUCAACACAUCGGGUUGA